AUGGAAAACCUGGAUUAUUCAUUCCAUGUGGAGGGCUACGUUGCAGGUCGGGGUACGGGUCGCCGUCACCAUGUGCAGAAGUGGCCGGUCUCAUCACUGACUGGGCGUCAGCACAAGUUGGUGAUUCCAGAUGAGUCUCCUGAUAAGCAGUUUGUUCUGCUUGUCGGGGACUCGCAUCUUCGAGCUAUUGCAGACGGCUUUGUGGAGAUGCCUGGCACCAGACACUGUUUUGGUGUCAUGUCGACUCCGGGUGCUACAGCUGCUGAUUUGAGGAUUGAGGUGAUGAAUGCUGUUCUGGUGCGAUCACCUGAUGCAGUGUGUUUGUUGGCACCAAGCAACAACCUCACAGCCCGUACAACUGUAGAUGAGUCCUCUGCAGACUUUGCCAGACUUUUGUACACUGUGUGCAGCCGAUGGGAAAAGGUGUGUGUGAUAGAUUUCCCACCUCGAUUGAAUGUUCCCAUGGAUCUGCAAGAGCUGCUGCGGAAGGAAUAUCACCGUGUGGCAGUGUCCAUGGGGAUCAGUGCAGCAAACUUGCCAAAGAAACUCCCAGUCCUUUUAGGUGGAGACAGGUUGUUGGAGGCAGCAAGCACCUCAUCUUUGGAAUCUGUGGACAAGGUUGUGCCAUCUGACAUAGAUACUGAAGAGUCGUGGGCAUUUGUUCCAAAGAAAUGCCAAGUGGAGCCCAAGCGAAAAACCUCUUCCAUCAAGAAAGGAAGGGCAGUAGGCAAGCAGAAGACAUGGAGAUCACAUCAGAUCCAGUUUUGA